UAGCCCCUGGUCUAGUCCUGCUUCUAGCUUUGAUGUCAUAACAGACUUGAUAAUGAUAUGCUGCCAAUCGAAUGUCUGGACGGCCGCUCUCGCAGUAAGCUUGAGAGAGGUAUAUAGUAUGCGUGUUCGUGACCAAACCCCAAAAGUGAAUUCCAAGUUCAUUGACUGUACAGACUUGUAUAUACUAGACCAUUAGGAGAACCCUUUGCUUCUAGAAUAAUGUUGACGACUCUCCUUGCCCUCGGCUUUGUAGCCUCCACCGCCGCCCACGGCUCACACGACCAGAAAACCCUCGCUGGUCCGCAUCAGUCCUUGUGGUAUAACACUCUACCCGGAGAUGGUGGAACACAGGCGGACUCUGUGUUCUCUGGAAUCUCUACGUUUGGACGCUUGCCGUACCAACCUUGCCUAACCCUCGAGGAUGUUGAUUACGAUCUCGCCUUCAUUGGUGCUCCUUUCGAUACUGGCACUUCGUACCGACCAGGCGCACGAUUUGGUCCUUCAGGUAUUCGCCAAGGAUCCCGACGUCUCAAUCUCUACGGAGGAUACAAUGUACCUCUCGAGACGAACCCCUUUAACUCAUGGGCCAAGGUCCUCGACUGUGGAGACAUCCCAGUGACAUCGUAUGACAACUCAUGGGCCCUCAAGCAGAUCGAAGAAGGCCACUACAACAUCCUGUCUCGCGCACCGAAGACAGCCGCCAACAAGCUUGGCCCGGCGAAGAAGGGCAAGACCUUGCCGCGGGUCAUUACCCUCGGCGGUGACCACACCAUCACUCUGCCGCUGCUGCGCUCGAUCAACCGCGCAUACGGUCCCGUCUCGGUUAUCCACUUCGACAGCCAUUUGGAUACCUGGCGUCCCAAAGUCUUCGGCGGCUCCCCCUCCGAAGUCGCGAGCAUCAACCACGGGACGUACUUCUACCACGCCGCGCAAGAAGGGCUCCUGGCCAACGACACGAACGUGCACGCGGGCAUCCGCACGACGCUCAGCGGGCCCAGCGACUACGAGAACGACGGGUACUGCGGGUUCGAGAUCGUCGAGGCGCGCGAGAUCGACACCAUCGGCGCCGAGGGCAUCAUCAAGAAGAUCAUCGACCGCGUCGGCACGACAAACCCCGUCUACCUCUCCCUCGACAUCGAUACCCUGGACCCGGCCUUCGCCCCCGCGACGGGGACGCCGGAGACGGGUGGGUGGAGCACAAGGGAGCUGAGAACGAUUCUGAGAGGGCUGGAGCAUGUUAAUUUGAUUGGGGCGGAUGUUGUGGAGGUUGCUCCUGCUUACGACACCAACGCGGAACACACCACCAUGGCUGCUGCCGAUGCGUUGUAUGAGAUCAUGAGCAUUAUGCUCAAGAAGGGACCCCUUAGCGAAAUGGUUUCUAAGAGGGGUGACAACGAGCUAUGAGCUAUGAGCUGUGAGCUAUGAGCUGUGAGCUAUGAGCUAUGAACUAUGAGGCUUGUUAUAAAGUACCCUAUCAAGUAUUAGCUCGGAGGAUAAAUGAUCUCUGGGGGGUGUUUAGGGGGUUUGAGU